UGGUCCAUCCGCCUUCCCCUCCCUUGCCGCAAGCCCCCGGCCUCGCAAGGCGAUAGGAAAGGAGGAGGGGGUUUCAAGCGCGCAAGGGUUUGCGUGCGAAGUGGGCAGGGGCAGCGGCAGCUUCGGUUCCGCCGUUCCGGAGAUGGGGUCCGGCAUGAGCAGCGCCCGGCGGCGCGGCUCCGGCCUCGAGGCGUCAAGGGGGAUGCUGCCCCUGCUGGCGCUGCAGGUGCUCAUCGAGUACGGCCGCGCGGGCGCCUCCCGCCCGCCCGUCACGGCCGCGCUGCUCGCCGCCAACUCGCUCAUCUACCUCCGCCCCGGCGCGCUCGAUGGGGUCCUGCCCUCGCUCUCGCGCGUCUCCUUCAACCCGCAGCUCAUCGUCGAGUAUGGCGACUUGGUGCGCUUCUUCCUGUCCCCGUUCUACCACUUGAGUGAAAGCCACCUCUUCUACAACAUGACAUCUCUCCUGUGGAAGGGCAUUCAGCUCGAGACAUCCAUGGGUAGCACCGAGUUUGCUUCCAUGUCUGCCGUGCUGCUUGGCCUGUCGCAGGGUAUCACGCUGCUCCUCUCCAGAGGCUUGCUCUUGCUCGGUGACGAUACCGCGUACUAUGAUCAGCAUGCUGUUGGAUUCUCUGGUAUUCUGUUUGCCAUGAAGGUUGUGCUGAACGCCUGGUCAGACGAUUUCGUGUAUCUGCAUGGGAUGAUUCUUCCCUCGAAAUAUGCUGCCUGGGCAGAGUUGAUCCUCAUCCAGGUUUUCAUUCCUGGGACAUCCUUUCUUGGCCAACUUGGUGGGAUACUUGCUGGACUGGUUUACCUUUGGCUGAAGCGUGCAUUCAAUGGACCAGAUCCGAUCACUCUCCUCAUUUCAAGCAUUGCCAAUGUCGUGACCUGGCCAGUGAGGUUUGCUCAGAAUCUUCUACGGUCUGCUCGCUCACAGGGCCGCGCUACAGGUCGGGGCAGGGUUGGACGCCGCAUAUCAGCAAGAGAUAGCCCUCGAGGUUUUUGGAGAUGCCCAACCUGCACAUAUGACAAUUCAGUUUCCACAGAUAUCUGUGAGAUGUGCAGCACUGCACGAGAGGACCAUGCUUUUUCGCGGAGACAGCAUCAUCAAGCCAGAGGUAACGCGGAACUCUCAGUUGACGAGAUACGCCGUAGGAGGCUGCAAAGAUUCGACAGAUGAUGUAAAUCAUUGUUAUCAGUAUAGACAUUAUGUGCUGCUGAACACAGUUGAAGUAUGACAGUUCCAUUCCUCUGUUUGAUGGUUUAGGCACAUUUGUCCCUUCUCAUGAUGAUGAAUGCUUUACUUUACAUAAUUGAAUUUUUUUUCAUUAUUUGAAGGAGACUGCUACUGAUAUAGCAUUAUCCUGUAGAUUGUUUCAAAACCUUGGAAGCAAGUCGUUAGUGCCUAAUUUUGUAUAAAUUAUGCCAGGGCAUGUUGAAAUCAAAGUACUUGAGCAUAUGUGUCA